AUGUCAUCCCUUCGAGGCAUGUCAGAAAACGCCGGCUACCUUCCCGGUCUAGCUGGGCUCCAGGUUGGUAAGGAUAAUCCAAUUCUCCCAGAGACCACCACAUACUGGACUCGUUCCUCAUCCACCCUCCUGCCAAACCGGGAACCCCAAUCUCAACUCUCAUCUGACCUGAGCGAAGAGGAGGAAGAGCGGGUGGAGGGAGACACACCUCGUGAAAAAUCCUCCGCCAUCAAUCGCCUUUCAAAAGAUACAGGAAGUUUAUCACCGAAUAUGGAGCCGCUUUCACAGUCUCCAUCUCCGUCCUUUGUCACACAGAUACUCUUAGAUCGGGAACCACCAGUAAAGGGUAUUAACACGUUCAAUGGGAAAUGGGGGCUCAACUACAAAGACCUGGAAAGUUACGCAGUCCAGGAACGACAGGAUAGCAUAAUAUUACCGACAAGUACGGCUGUAUCAGAAGCAAAAACCACACAGGAGGAAUUUUCUGUCCAGGUGACCGAUCAACCAGUGCUGUCACUGACCGCGCCUCGUACCACCUACGCUUAUAUGAUUGAAUCCAAAGCAAUGUCCUCGAAAAAUAAGAUAUCAAACACGUCACAACUCGAUUUCGGCGAGCAUUGUCCCAUUUCUGUGAGCGAGCUGGAAUCCAAUGAAUCAGAAUCACUUUACUCACUGGACUUGGAUAAAAAUGACUUUGCAAGGGGCGUUCAACAAAAAGCCAGCCGUUUCCGCCAAAAAUUAAUGCAGGAAAGACGAAGAUUUUCCGACAAGUUGACGGUGUCGCCUUCCACUUACAUUUGGGCAAAUUGGAAGGCAAUUUCACCGCAGAAUACAUUGCCAAAGAGCCAUCUGGAACUCUCUCAGCGAGAUGACAAAUUUGCAGUAGUGGAGAAACAAUUGAGACAAAUGUACCCAACGCAGCAGAGUCUGCAGACGCAAAUUCAAAUUCAUAAUGAAGAGGUGGAACAAAGGCGUGAACUCCGAGACCCGAUGCCACUGAUCCAUAACUCUGGUGACCUAUCAUCAAACCCGAGCCUUCGAGAACUGGUCGAAAUAAACCACUCCCUCUCCAGACAGGUGGCCGACGCAAAAGCCGAAAAACAGGCGCUUCAGAGAGAACUUAAACGGGUCAUCAGGGUCGUUAGUGAAGAAGAGUCAGAGGAAAGACAGUUUUACAAGAACCGGCUGACGAACAUGCAAACGGUAAUUAAUUGA